AUGGGAGGCUUAAAGCGUAAAAUAGAGAUUGAGAACCUCGAAGAGAACGCAAAAAAAUCGGUUGCUUUCACUAAACGACGUAAGGGUCUCUUCAGCAAAGCUUUUGAGCUCUGUCGUCUCUCUCCCGGGACUCAAAUCGCAAUCUUAGCGACUCCUGUUUCUUCCAAUUCACACGCUUCUUUCUACACUUUCGGACAUUCCUCUGUCGAUGAUGUUGUCUCCUCUUUUCUUAACGAUCACCCUCCUCUUUCGAGGACAAACCAAGAGAAGGAUUUAGGGCUAGGGUUUUGGUGGGAAGACGAAGGUUUUGACAGGUUGGAGAACGUCGACGAGUUGAAAGAAGCGGCCGAUGCGGUCACAAGAAUGUUGAUCAAUGUGAGGCUUCGGUUAGAUGCUGUGAAGGUUGAUCCAAGAGAUAAAGGUAAAGGGAUACAACAACAGGAGGAGGAUCUUCAGGUUCGAAACACCAACGAAGAGACGACGACAAGACAGAUUCCUAGCUUUGAAGCUACUACUGCUUUUGGUUCUAAAAGUUUGUUGGAGAAUGAGGAAGAUGUUCUGCCGAUUGAUGAUAUUUUGACUGAUGUCAAGAAUGAUACAUUUUGA